AUUCGGGAUAUUUUUAUGGAUGGGACGGUCACAGAAAGCCAAGCAGCUGAGCUGAAUCGGGCUCUAAUUGACGCACGCUACAUAAACAGCUGCUCAUUAGCCACACAUCCGCGAGAACUAUUCCUAAAGUACUUGGUACGGCGUUUGAAGUACUAAAUAUUUACACACAAAAAAAACAUGACUAAUGAUAUAUCUAAAAAGAAGGGGAAGAGUUCGGGGGAGAAAAAGGGCAAAAGAAAAGCCAAAAGAAGAGAAACUUACGCGAUGUACAUCUAUAAAGUUUUGAAGCAGGUUCACCCGGACACGGGGAUUUCCAGCAGAGCCAUGAGCAUCAUGAACUCCUUCGUGAACGACCUGUUCGAGAGGAUUGCCACGGAGGCGUCCCGGCUGGCGCAGUACAAUAAACGCUCCACCAUCACCAGCAGGGAGGUGCAGACCGCCGUGAGGCUGCUGCUGCCCGGGGAGCUGGCCAAGCACGCCGUGUCCGAGGGGACCAAAGCCGUCACCAAGUACACCAGUUCCAAAUGAGGACCUCCAUUUGUUGUGGCCUGGUUUCCAAUAAACAUGAGCGCACAAAACAAAUCGGUUUCCUUUAAUGUGUUCGUCCUCUUCUUUUUAAACAGAUGACGCAGUAACUUGUAUCAACCACUAGAUGGGGCACUCUCAUCUCUACUGAGU